AUGGCUUCUACAAGUAAAAGAAAUUCUGCAGUGAGAACUCAAAAUACGUUUUGCCCUGAAGGUGGAGUCUGCAAGCACGGAUUCCUCAUCAAAUCACCACCCCUUCAACUUUUCAGCUCACAGAAUUCCUGGAAAAGGCGUUUUUUCAUCCUGUCCAAAUCCAGCAAGGGCAAUUACAUCCUGAAGUAUCUAAAAGGCCAGAACAUAAAAGGCUCCAUAGCUGUUGAUCAAAUCAUAAAUAUCGAAGUUGGCAUAAGCAAUUCUGAAAUUAUGGAAACGGUGAGGAAGAUGUUUAAGUGCCUUCCUGAACAGGUGAUGUCUGUCAGCACUGGAAACAGACAUUACUACCUCAUUGGGAGCAGCAGGCAGGAAACAGAGGACUGGGUCACUGCGAUAUCUUCAGUCUGCGGGGAGGCCAAAAGAGGUGGAUGCUGCCCUCAGACCCAAGAUCUUCCAAAUCCAGAAGUCAGAAGCCGGCCCUCCUCUUUGCCGCUAUUCUUGAAUUCUUCAGAUACAACCGGUUUCCCAGAAAGGCAAUGCUACCAGAAAGGAAAACUUUUGAGCCAAAGUGAGGAAAAUAUGCUGUCGUCAGAUACAGAUGAAGACAUCAAAAAGGACGAAGCCAACUAUUACCAAACUCCCAGCAAUGUUUUAGCAAAGUGUACUACUGAAGUAUCAAAGUCUGACCAUACAGCUGAGUCUGAUGUCUCUGUGCAAGAGAAGCCUGUGCAGAAGAACCCAGUAAAUGAGAACAUUUAUAUGUCAAUGAAAUCACUUAGGUUGCUGGAUGAGAGUUGCCAGUUCACAUGCAGACGUGAUGGGCUCCCGUCUCCUCCCAAAUGCCAAGACAACGGUGCAUGUCCAAGAGACUUGGAAGCAAAUAGAGACCUAAAACUCCCAGAAAGCAGCACCAGCCAGCAGCCAACCCUCCAGAGAAGGCAAAAUUCAUUACCGCUUUCAGUGGUUCAAUUGUCUAUACUGCUCAGUCAAGUUAAAGAUGAGACCCAGCUGCAGAAGUUGGAUAUUUUUGUCCCCCUGGCUGAUAUUAAGAGUUACCUAAAACUUACCGAAGCAGCAGGGCAAAUAUGCGUCUCACAAUGGAAUGGUCCUCACCAACUGGGAUGUUUGUUUAACCAUGGAGACCACAUAGUGGCUGUGAAUGAUUUGCAACCCCAGGAUGUGGAGGAGGCUUACUUCUUCAUCAGCAGGUCCACAAAAAAGGAGGUGAAACUUACCGUAUGUAGGAUCCCACAUUCAGGUAUCUUCCAUGUUAAAGGCUGUUCAUGUUCCUGA